CACUCUCUCUCUAAAAUCUUUCAGUCUCUGCAAAUUAAACCCUCUUUCGCUCUCUCUAAUGGCUACUAUAUAUCAAUCACUCCGUCACUUCAAUUUCUCUCUCUAGAAUUCUUCAUCUCUCUAGGGUUUCAACUUUCACUUUCCCUUCUUUCGCUAUCUCUAACGAGAAUUUUCCCUGUUGAACCAAAAAAAACUUUUCCUUUUCGUUCCUUUUUUAUUUCGGGCGGUAUAUAAGUUUUUUUUUGGUGUGUGUGUGUUAGAGUUAGGUGAACUCCGAUAUGGCGUCGUCCGCCGCGGCUUCAGGGAAUGUUUGCUUCAACAGCAACUGCAAGGAAUUUGUUGAAAAGACAAGGAAAGGUUGGCGUCGUCGCACCGGCGAGUUCGCUGAGCUAUGUGAUCGUUGCGGUUCUGCUUAUGACGAUGGCAAAUUUUGUGACGCUUUUCACCUCAACUCUUCUGGAUGGAGAUCUUGUGAGUCUUGCGGAAAGCAAAUCCACUGUGGAUGCAUUGUCUCUUUCCAUACAUUCGUUCUGUUGGAUGCUGGAGGUAUUGAGUGCAUAGCCUGUGCUAGGAAAAGCUUUAUUUUGACACCAAAUCCUGCCUGGCCACCACCUUCACUUUUCCUUCCUCUGCAGCCUGAAAGAAUUAAAGACGUCAACAAUUGGAAUCCAAUAGCUGGUUCUGGUCCUGUUCCAUGGCGUCAAGCACCAAGUUUAUUUAAUGCUUCCACCAAUCAAAAUGAGUUGCAGCACAAGGCACCCUUUCCUGAAACCACAGUUAGCAUCGACAGACUUAGUCUUAGUGAGAGACCAUUUGCCUUGUUGUCUGACAACAACAGGAAGGACUCCGGUGAAAAAUUGAUGAAUGGAAAGCUGAAGAUUGGUGUACCAGGAACACUUGAAAACGGAUAUGCUGGUUUCAAUCGUGAGGAGGCACAUAAAUCUUGUACAAGUGCUCCAUGGCAAUCAUCUUAUGCAAACAGUGAUCUUUCUGCACCCAGCUUUUGUUUGACAGUAGGUUCUACUUGCAAAAAUGAACCAACUGUUCACAGUAAGGUCUCUGUUAGUGUGCAACAACAAAAUACACUUUCGAUUCCUUUGCCUUUGGGGAAGCAGCUUGGUGGUCAUGCUACAGUGGAUUCUGCUGGAGAGACGCAAGUGAGGAGUUCGAAGAUCCGUGGAGAUGGGAGAGGGAAAAAUCAAUUACUACCUCGUUACUGGCCUCGCAUAACGGAUCAAGAGCUACGACGUUUAUCUGAAGAUUCAAAUUCUGUGAUAACUCCUUUGUUUGAAAAGAUGCUAAGUGCUAGUGAUGCUGGCAGGAUAGGACGGCUAGUAUUGCCAAAGAAAUGUGCUGAGGCCUAUUUCCCACCAAUUUCUAAUCCAGAAGGGUUGCCUCUCAAGAUGCAAGAUCUGAAAGGGAAGGAAUGGAUGUUCCAGUUCAGGUUUUGGCCUAAUAAUAACAGUCGUAUGUAUGUGUUGGAAGGGGUGACUCCAUGCAUACAGUCUAUGCAAUUGCAAGCAGGUGACAUAGUAACAUUCAGUAGGAUAGAACCAGAAGGAAAGUUGGUCAUGGGUUGCAGAAAGGCUUCAAAUAUUCUUACCACAGAUCAGGGAAGUGAAGCUUGCAGUAACGGUAAUGGUGUUGCUACAAAUGGGAAUGCCAGUACUAAACAUACCAAGUUCUCUGAAGAAGUUCUGGCAAAUUCUACUAAAAAGGGAUUUUCAUCAACCACUCAUGUUGCUGCAACAAGUGCCAGGGAUGAAACUAAAAUGUCUGAUGAUUUGGUGAAUGAAUCAUUAGGAAAUAAUCGUCCUAUUCGUUGUAAGAGGAAGGGUAGCACAAUGGGUUCGAAAAGGAAACGCCUGCGGAUUGAUAAUGACAACUUGGUAGAGCUGAAGGUCACAGUGGUGCAAGCCCAAGGGUUGAUGCGUCCACCUUCGAGUGGUGCUCCAACAGUAAUUGUGAUAGAAGGCUGUGAAUUUGAAGAAUACGAGCAGGAAGAUGCGCCAAUUAUUGGAAGGCCCACAAUCCCUCAUAUGGAUCAGUUAGGUGCAAAAAUACAGUGGGUACAAUGUGAGGAUUGUUUCAAGUGGCGAAAAGUUCCUGACAAUGUUGACCUUCCAUCGAGAUGGACUUGUUCAGACAACUCACGCGACCCUGAGAGGUCUAUGUGCUCGGCAGUUCAAGAAUUAACUGCAGAUCAUCUGAGGGACCUACUACCUCAUAUUAAUAAAGCUUCCAAGAAAAGGAGGGCUUCUAAACAGGAAAUGGACUUGGUUGAAACUCUGGAUGGGCUUGAUGCACUUGCUCAUCUCGCUAUCCUAGAAGAGGGAGAGACCCUUCCAGCAUCACCACAGGCCACAACUAAGCAUCCACGUCAUAGACCUGGGUGUACAUGCAUUGUCUGCAUCCAGCCCCCUAGUGGAAAAGGUCCUAAGCAUAAGCAAUCAUGUGAUUGUAACGUCUGUAAAUCAGUAAAGCGUCGUUUCAAAACAUUGAUGUUGAAGCGUGAAAAAAAGUUAUCAGAGAAAGAAGCAGAAGCUACUUGUCAAAAGCUGCAGCCGCAAUCAGCUGGGCAAUUGCUUGAUGCUGUUGACAUUCAAGAAUCUAUUGAUGAUGCAGCGCAUUUAAGCCCUCAGCAUGGAGAGCUGAACAAUGAAGGUUCAGUUGAUCCCAAUUACCUUAAUGAGAAGAAAUCUUCCGUUGAUGAUCCCAGUUACCUUAAUGAGAAGAAAUCUUCAGUUGAUGAUCCCAAUUACCUUAAUGAGAAGAAAUCUUCCGUUGAUGAUCCCAGUUACCUUAAUGAGAAGAAAUCUUCAGUUGAUGAUCCCAAUUACCUUAAUGAGAAGAAAUCUUCCGUUGAUGAUCCCAGUUACCUUAAUGAGAAGAAAUCUUCAGUUGAUGAUCCCAAUUACCUUAAUGAGAAGAAAUCUUCCGUUGAUGAUCCCAACUCCCUGAAUGAGAAGGAGUCUUCUGUUGAUGAUCCCAACUGCCUGAAUGAGAAGAAAUCUUCUGUUGAUGAUCCCAACUGCCUGACUGAGAAGAAAUCUUCUGUUGAUGAUCCCAACUACGUGGAUGAGAGGAAAUCUUCUGUUGAUGAUCCCAAUUACCUUACUGAGAAGAAAUCUUCUGCUUCACCAUUUAAAGGUGAAUUUGACCUGAAUGCUAAGCCAGAGAGGGACGAUGAGCUUUCACCAGGCUCUGAUUCUGGUAGCAUGAUACGCAUAAUCAAACGUGCUGCAGAGCAAUAUGUCAGGCACUGUGAGAAUGGAAGUUCCGUGGGUAACCAAAUAAAUGGAGAUGGCGCUGGGGAGACAAAUCCGAGUAAUUGUGUUAUUGUUAGUGGUAGUCAACAAACUGAUGUAGAUCAUAAUAGGCCUUUACCCAUAAGCACUGCUGCAUCUUUGGCACCUAAUGACCAGUAAGAUGUUCCUACAUGAGGCACCUAAAUUAGCUGUGCUAUAUAAAAAACCAGAGGUACUCCGCAGUGUUAGGGAAUUUGUAUAUGUUGGCUUUGCUGGCGUCAUGCAUUGUACAUAGAAAAACGUAGCAAGUAGCAACUGAUGUAAUCUUUCCGCUAUGCACAGGUUACAUUUUGCAAUGGCCGCGAGGUGCCUUGCAUAUAUUUAUUAUAAAUGGCUGGAAAGGUUUUGGAGUUCAA